AUGUUAAAUGGCGGUACCACGAGCCUCUUAUUGCUUGUCGGGAUCGCUAUUGUUUCAUGGACGGUUUUUGAAUUGAAAUCAAUCCAAAAUCAACUCACCGAUCCGCUUCAAUAUUGCCUACAACUCGCCUUGCAAAUACAAUCAACGAAAGUACCACAAGAGCUUCAACAACAAUCCGUUCAACAGCUGCCAAUUGCUUGGAUCGAUGGACCUGGAGAGAAUCUAGAAGCCACCUACAUGAAACACAUAUUUGAAGUCUUUCGUUUACUUGGAUAUCAUGUGAUUACGGGACCUCAACCGCUAAAUGUUCAAUGGGAUGUGAUGUGGACUCACGAGUUCCCGUUUAGCAAUGAUUUGUAUAGACAUCACAUCCAUGGAGCUUCGCCCGAUCAACUCAUCAAUCAUGUACCUGGAUCGGGAUUUUAUACAAGUAAGGUGGCUCUUGCAACGGCGAAUAUCUCGAUUGGUGUCCCACAAGCAUUUCAGUUACCAUAUGAAAAGGAGAAGUUCAUCGAGUUUGCUAAGGAAAACCCCGACUACCUUUGGGUUCAAAAAGACAACAAUCAUCGAAAUAUCGAGAUCAAAUUAUUGACUGAGAUUGAUUUCGAGAAACCCGAGAGUUUCGUUCAGCGAUUCGUCGACAAUCCACUUUUAAUCGAUAACCGUAAAUUUGACAUCGGUAUUUACACGGUGAUCACCUCAUUGCGUCCUCUCAAAGUCUACAUCUUGGAUGAGGGAUUGUUACGCUUUUGUCCUGAAGACUAUCAUCCAUUUGAUCAAAAGAAAGUCGAUAAAUACGUGGUCGGCGAUGAUUACACACCGAUUUGGGAGAUGUUCUCCCUAAAAUCGUAUUACAUUGGUGAAAGGUUAAACUUCAAAAAUUCUCUCAACGCCUAUUUGAAAGCUCAAGGGAAAAGCCCGGAAAUGAUUUGGAAUCAAAUCAGAAAAAUCAUUGCUGAAGUUUUCUAUCAACAACAAGAGAAAAUGUUGACCGUUUUCGAAUCCACGACUUUAGGACCUCGAUUUUUUGAGUUGAGUCGCUUCGAUUUCAUUGUCGAUGAUGAAUUGAAUGUUUACUUAAUGGAGGCAAACAUGUCCCCAAAUCUCUCGAGUGGUCACUUCAAAGAGAAUCAAAUCCUCUAUGAACAGGUGCUAAUGAACAUUUUCUCCCUGAUCGGCGUCGAGAAACACAUCAAGAAAAAUGAAAUGAACUACUUAAAAUCUCGAGGCGGUCUCUGGAAUUCAUUCAUUUCCGAUCGAGAUCUCUCGAUUUCAAUUCCAGAAUGCGCGACUGAGAUUUGCUCGGAUUGUCAGAACCAAGAGAAAUGCGAUCUGUGCACGCAUUGUUGGUCGAAUGAUUUCCUCGAGAUUCUCCGUGAAACUACCAGAGAACAUCAAUUUCGCAGAAAUAUGUUCAGAAUUGAUUUUUCACAUAAAAACUUGAAGACCAAAGAGGAUGAACUUCUUCAGAAAUGGUUCAUGAAAAAGUGUGAGGAGAGAAUUGAUUGGUGUCCUUUG